UUAUAACACGUUAUCCCCAGGAUCGGUCUGCUGUUUUGCGGCUGCCGCUCCUGCUGAUGUGGAUUUCCUAAUUUAUUUCAUUCAAAAACAUACCUCAAGCACUUAAACAUGCCUACCAUCGGAGUAAAACGAGACCUCUUGUUUAAAGCGCUCGGGAAAAGUUAUACGGAUGAGGAGUUCAGUCAUGUUUGUUUCGAGUAUGGGUUGGAACUGGAUGAAGUGACUACUGAAAAGCAGAUGAUCAGCAAAGAGCAAGGGGCUGAUCAAUCUGCUGGUGCAUCUGAGGAAGUUUUGUACAGGAUUGACAUCCCAGCAAACCGCUAUGACCUACUCUGUCUGGAAGGACUUGUCCAGGGCCUUUCCGUUUUCCAAAGAAAGAUUCCGAUACCUAAAUUUAAAGCAAUCGCUCCGAAAGACUUUGAAAAGACUAAACUGACAGUACUUCCAGAUACAUCCCUGAUCCGACCAUAUGCUGUUGCUGCAAUUCUUCGAAACCUGAAGUUUGAUCCUGACCGCUAUGCUCAUUUCAUUGAUCUGCAAGACAAACUGCACCACAAUAUUUGUCGCAAGCGCUCUCUUGUUGCAAUUGGAACACAUGAUCUGGAUAGCAUUAAAGGGCCCUUUGUGUAUGAUGCAAAGCAGCCAGAAGAUAUAAAAUUUAAACCUCUUAAUCACGAUGCUGAGCUGACUGCUCCGCAAAUUAUGCAACUCUACUCUACCCAUGCUCAGUUGAAGGCAUUCCUUCCAAUUAUCCAAGAUAGCCCUGUAUAUCCUGUCAUUUAUGAUGCUGAAGGCACAGUUUUGUCACUGCCACCAAUCAUUAAUGGACAUCACUCUCGUAUCACAUUGGAUACCAAAAACGUUUUCAUAGAAUGCACGGCUACUGAUUUGACAAAGGCCCGUGUUGUGUUGGACACAUUGGUUUGCAUGUUCAGUCAAUAUUGUUCUGAACCCUUUACUGUUGAAUCAGUCAAAGUAGUCCAGAAUGACGGGAAAGAAGCAGUGUAUCCAGACCUGGAAUAUCGCAUGGAAUCAAUUUGUGUUGAAAAGGCCAAUUCAUACAUUGGAACUAAGCUCCUUCCAGAACAAAUGGCCGACCUAUUGUCAAAAAUGUGCCUUGAAAGCUCAGUUAAAAACUCAACUGAACUUGAAGUUUGUGUCCCACCCACAAGACAUGAUGUCAUCCAUGCCUGUGAUAUUUAUGAAGAUGUAGCUAUUGCUUUUGGAUAUAAUAACAUUGAGAAGACCCUACCCCGCACUAACACCAUUGCCCAACAGCUUCCCAUUAACAAACUAUCUGACCAACUUCGAGAAGAAAUUGCUCAGGCAGGUUUUACAGAAGCACUUACAUUUGCUCUCUGCUCAAGGGAUGACAUUUCAUCUAAGCUUGGACGUCCUAUUAAUGAAGUACCUGCAGUCCAUAUUUCAAAUCCCAAAACACUGGAAUUUCAAGUUGCUAGGACUACCUUGCUGCCUGGAUUACUCAAAACACUGUCAGCAAACAAGCGCCUACCUCUGCCUCUCAAGUUGUUUGAAAUCUCUGAUGUUGUUUUGAAAGAUCCCAAAGCAGAAACCGGAGCCCGCAAUGAGAGAAGACUGUGUGCUUUGAACUGCAACAAGACUCCAGGCUUUGAAGUUGUUCAUGGUUUGCUGGAUAGAGCAAUGCAAUUACUUGAAGUACCUUUCACCAAGGAUGGCUAUUCGCUUAAGCCCGUAGAUGAUCCUGCCUUUUUCCCCCAGCGAUGUGCAGAAAUUCUGCAUAAAGGAAUACCUAUUGGACGAAUGGGAGUUCUUCAUCCCUCAGUCUUGAGUCAGUUUGACUUGGCAAAUCCAUGUUCAGCUGUUGAAAUCAACAUUGAACCCUUUCUGUGAAAAUAAUUUAUCUUAACCUGGUGCUUGCUUUAUGCUCAACUUUACCUAAAUUAUGUUUCUUUCUCUGUUGGUUAAUAAUAGUGGACUGAAAAACCUUA